AUGUUAACGCUAACAAUGCGCAGGGAAGAUAGAACUAAUAAAGUGCCGGUUACCACUACCAGUGAAGAAUUUGUGGAUAUAUUGCAGGUCCAACAGUUACUCUUGAAUGAAACCAGGCGUGAACAAGCCGCACAUGCUGCUCAGGCUUCAUCAUCAUCUCUUCACGUGCCACAAGUUAGAGCAGGUGAAGUGGCAGGUUCAGGAUACUAUUAUGGAGGAUAUCAGACUAUACCUGGACCAGCCACGUCUGCAUCAACGUCGGCUAGUGUUGAUGAGUUGGUCGCUAUGUGGUUUUCUGGGUCGCAAGCUAGUGAUAAUGACUCGGGAGCUGUAAAAAGCCUACACAAAGUGUAA